GUAAAAACCAUGAAUCGAGCUAACGACACGAGCUCCAAUCUGAAGCUCAUCUCAUUGGUCGUGCUCAUUGUGCAAACCACCGCACUUGUUCUCACCCUGAGAUACAGUCAAACGCAGAAAUCCGAAGGACCCCGCUACCUGUCCUCCACCGCUGUCGUCUGCGCUGAAAUUAUCAAGCUUAUCACAUGUUUCUUCGUGAUCUACCGGAAUAAUGGAUAUCGGUUCAGUGGAAUGCUCAAUGAGCUCAAUCGGGAAAUUUUCGCGUCUCCGCAGACCAGGGCUGACUCGUUGAAGGUCGCAGUCCCAGCCAUCAUGUAUGUUAUCCAGAACAAUUUGCUCUUUUUCGCUUUGAAAAAAUUGGACGCCGCUACUUAUCAGGUGACAUAUCAACUGAAAAUCCUCACCACCGCGAUUUUCUCCGUCACAAUGCUCGGAAAAUCGCUUCACCGGUACAAUUGGAUGGCUCUGAUCCUUCUGACAGCUGGAGUUGCCCUGGUACAGUACCCCUCUGGAGAUUCUACUACUUCUAAGAGUACCGCAGCUGAACACGAUGCUUCUGAUAAUAUUUUAGGCCUCGGAGCAGUUCUAGCCGCCUGCUUCUCAUCCGGAUUCGCUGGUGUCUACUUUGAAAAAAUCCUGAAAACAUCGAAAGUCUCCCUGUGGAUCCGUAAUAUUCAGUUGGCAUUUUUCUCGGUAUUCGGAGCACUUCUCGUCUGUUGGCUCUAUGAUUGGCAGGCAAUUAGUGAUGAUGGAUUUUUGAGAGGAUAUAAUGGAGUUAUUUGGAUUGUCGUGCUUUUGCAGGCUUACGGAGGGCUCGUGAUUGCUCUCGUCGUCAAGUACGCUGACAAUAUUCUCAAAGGAUUUGCAGUCUCGUUAUCAAUUAUUCUCUCAUCAUUCACUUCAUGGCUUGUUCUCGGAGAUUUGACUAUUACAACAACCUUCGCCAUCGGAGCCACCGUUGUUAUCUUUGCAACAUUCCUCUAUGGCCACGAGCCAAAAUCGACACCAGCCGAAGCUCAUAAUGCCUGAUUUUUCUGUGAUUUCUGUGAUUUCCCAACUCCCUCGCUUAUAUGAUUGCAUUUUUCUAGUCUAAGUGCAGUUUAAUAUCAAUAUUUGUUGGUUUUCUCUUUCUGUAAGUGUAGGGAAGCACACACGUCAUACAAAUUGUAGAAAAAUUGUCAAUAAUAUCGUAAGUUUAAAUUAAAUAAAUUAUUGAAUGAGCA